AGUAACGGUAUAAAUAAAUAUAAAGUGCUGUUAAUGUGUAGGUAAAACAAGUCGGACUUGUUUAAAACGUCGGACAGCUGUGUUUCUUUUAUGAAUGGGAGAGAGGAAUUGCAUCUAGCCUGCUGGAUUUCUUGGAGGUGUAGAUUGUUUCAACUUUGUGGAAAUAUGUAAGUGGGACAAAUGAGACUGAAACAUGGAGCAGUCUGCUACUCUGGACAUAGAGACACUUAAGAUUACCCAGGAGCAGUUUAUCCUCGCGUCCCAAUCCCUGCAUCUCCAGCGACCAGGCUGUGACGGCGUGUACCCAGUGGGUCUGUACGGCUGGAGAAAAAGAUGCCUCUACUUCUUUCUGCUGCUGCUCUUGGUCACCAUGAUAGUUAACCUGGCCCUUACUGUGUGGAUCAUAAAGGUCAUGAAUUUUUCAGUGGAUGGAAUGGGAAACCUUCAGUUGAAGCAGGAUGGGAUUCGCCUGGAGGGAAUCUCUGAGUUUCUCCUGCCUCUCUACGUGAACGAGAUCCAGUCGAGAAGGGACAGCUUGUUGGUCUUGGGGUCAGAGAAGAAUGUAACGCUGAACGCCAGAAACGACCAAGGACAGCUGACCGGUCAGCUCGCAGUGGGACCUGAUGCCGUGGAGGCCCAGUGUCAGAGGCUGGAGGUACGAAGUAAAGACGGAGGCCAACUGCUGUUCACUGCAAAUGAGGAGGAGGUCAUCAUGACAACAGAAAAGUUCACUGUCACAGGCUUGGAAGGCGCCGUGUUUGAACAUUCAGUUGAAACUCCCCUGAUCCAGGCGAGGGCUUCUGAAGACCUGAAGCUGGAGUCUCCAACACGGACCUUGACCAUGGAGGCUCCCAGAGGGGUGGUAGUGACUGCUGCCAAGGGGCCGCUGAAGGUCAGCAGUCGAAAGGAUCUACAGAUGGAGUCCACAGAGGGAGAGAUACUUUUAGAUGCCAAAACCAUUCAGCUGGGUAGUCUCCCGCUCGGCGUCUACACAGAGUCGCCCAACCAGGCCUCCCAGGAGCAGGCCGUAUACGAGGUGUGUGUCUGCCCGAGCGGCAAGAUUUACCUGUCUCCUGCAGAGACCAGCUCCUCCUGCCAGGCCAUGAGCAACAUCUGCCUCUGGAGCUGACCUGGGAGCAGUGUUGUUGAUCGGGGACAUCUCUAAGAUCUGCUCUGGAGGUGCUGAGAUUGAGAAUCCGCUGUUAGUACAUUUUACGGAGAGAAGAACUCAUCACCGCGGAGCUUGAUCUCUAAGCUGAGUUCAGAUCAGUACAGAGGAAUCCGAGUCGGCUGCCUGUGAUGGUCUUUUGGAUGUCAAGACAACUGAGUAGCUCUCUGAAAUCAGGAAUAUCAACUAAGAACAAGAACAUUUCCCGCUACCUUAUAUUAGAGUCAGAGGACACACCCUUUAUUUUUCUACUUGAGGUUCAUUGUACCAUGCAGUGACUAUUUUCAAGAUUCAGAAAGAUUAGAUGAGAAAAAAUAAAACACAGGUGCCUCAGCUUUGAAGGAACUAUUGUGACUGUUGUGUAAUAUUGAACCUGUCUUGAGUAAUCAGAGAAAGAUAGGUAAAGUUUUUUAACGUUUGAUGUGAGAAUGACAAGUAAGCACAAUUCUGUCAUGUUUUCUUCCCAAAUA